AUGGGGGCUCUUGUUGAUUCCCGACAGAUCAAUGGAUCCGAUCUGAUCUCUGCUCUCCACCUCUCUCAGCAAGCGCCUGCGAUACUCGGCCAUGAUUCAUCCAAAUCCAUCACUGAUUCUUCCUCCUCGGAUACUGCAGAGGAAUAUGGGCAGAUUGAAAAGCUAUUCCUUGCAUGUCUGCGCACGGGUGAUGACCUGUCUGCCAAGGCCUGUCUCGAUCGAUUAAGCCGCCGGUUUGGUGCCUCCAAUGAGAGGGUAAUGGGGCUCCGUGGCCUCUACCAGGAGGCGACUGCUAAAGACAACUCAGACAUGGAGAAAUGCCUGCAGGAAUAUGAAAACAUUCUGGGGGAGAACCCAGUCAAUAUGCCCAUACUGAAGCGUCGGGUAGCUUUGCUACGUUCGCUUCACCGACCUGCUGAUGCGAUCACCGCUCUCAUCCAGCUUCUCGAUGCAAUUCCAACCGACGCGGAAGCUUGGUGUGAACUCGCCGACCUGUACCAAUCCCAGGGUCUCGGCGCACAAGCCAUCUUCAGCCUCGAGGAGGCUCUUCUCAUCGCUCCCAACGCCUGGAAUAUCCACGCCCGACUCGGCGAGGUUCUCUAUGUCAAUACGCCCUCCGAUGGGCAGCUUGCGAGCAAGUCGAUCCAACAUUUCUGCCGAAGCAUUGAGCUCUGUGAUGAUUACCUGCGCGGGUUUUACGGAUUGGCUUUGGCCUCCUCUCGUAUGCUGGGAACCAACUUUGAGAAUUCAGUGGUUCCGAAGAAGACCGUUGAGCGACUACAACGGUUUGCAUUUCAACGACUCCGGGAACUUGUCCAGUCCCGGUCGGUAGAUGAUCAACAUUGGGCAUCUAGUCGCAGUGAACUGAUUGCCGCCAAGGCCUUAUUGAAUCGCUUUCAGUCAGCUCAAUAA